CCCGGCCCGGGCUCCCCCGGCUCGGGCCCGCGCCUGGGCUGCGCCGCGCUCCGCAACGUGUCCGGCGCACAGUACGUGGGCUCAGGCUACACCAAGGCCGUGUACCGGGUCCGCCUGCCCGGCGGCGCCGCGGUGGCGCUCAAGGCGGUGGACUUCAGCGGCCACGAUCUGGGCAGCUGCGUGCGCGAGUUCGGGGCACGGAGGGGCUGCUAUCGGCUGGCGGCCCACAAGCUGCUCAAGGAGAUGGUGCUGCUGGAGCGGUUGCGGCACCCCAACGUGCUGCAGCUCUAUGGCUACUGCUACCAGGACAGUGAGGACAUCCCGGACACCCUGACUACCAUCACGGAGCUGGGUGCCCCCGUGGAGAUGAUCCAGCUGCUGCAGACUUCCUGGGAGGACCGUUUCCGAAUAUGCCUGAGCCUGGGCCGCCUCCUCCACCACCUGGCCCACUCCCCGCUGGGCUCGGUUACUCUGCUGGACUUCCGCCCCCGACAGUUUGUGUUGGUGGAUGGGGAGCUGAAGGUAACAGAUCUGGACGACGCACGCGUGGAGGAGACGCCAUGUACAAGCAGCACAGACUGCAUACUGGAGUUUCCAGCCAGGAACUUCACCCUGCCCUGCUCAGCCCAAGGCUGGUGUGAAGGCAUGAAUGAGAAGCGCAACCUCUACAAUGCCUACAGGUUUUUCUUCACAUACCUCCUGCCCCACAGUGCCCCACCCUCCCUCCGGCCUCUGCUGGACAGCAUUGUCAACGCCACAGGAGAGCUCACCUGGGGAGUAGACGAGACUCUGGCCCAGCUGGAGAAAGUGCUGCACCUCUACCGGAGCGGGCAGUAUCUGCAGAAUGCCACGGCACGCAGCAGAGCUGAGUACCAGCGCCUUCCAGGCAGCGCCAUCCCCCAGGAAGACUACCGCUGCUGGCCCUCCUACCACCACGGAAGCUGCCUCCUUUCAGUGUUCAACGUGGCUGAGGCCGUGGACAUCUGUGAGAGCCAUGCCCAGUGCCAGGCCUUUGUGGUCACCAACCAGACCACCUGGACAGGUCGGCAGCUGGUAUUUUUCAAGAUGGGAUGGAGCCACAUGGUCCCUGAUCCCAACAAGACUACGUAUGUGAGGGCCUCUGGCUGACCUGAGGGCUCAGCUGACUGCGGACCAGCCCCGCCAGCUGGGCUCCCCUGUGGAGGAUGGGAGUGACUUGCACUAGCAGCACUGCAUGUCACCUGGAAAGCCCCGCAGAUGAGGCUGACAUCCCAGACAGUGAGGUGACCAGGACAACGUGCAAUAAUGCCAAAUGUUAAAAUGUGAGUUUACCGGUCUAGGUAUGGGACUGCUGGCCCCAGGGCCAGGAAUCACGGGGGCGGGGGACUGACCAUUUCUCCAACCCUCUGGGCUGCCGGCAAGGCUCAGGCUGGCGUCCCCACGGGGGCCUCUGGCCCUCGCUGGGACAGUUCUGUGGGCAGCCCCAUCACUGCGUUCAUGGGGUGAGAAUGUAGCCAGAGGCCCUGCUGCUGCUGCACGCCACAAUCUGGCAAGGGCUGCGUGGGGACAAUCGGUCACAGAGUGUUCUCUCAGCCAAGCUGCCCAUGGGGAUGCUCUGGGAUGUGAGGAACUGCGCACUUGGGGAGGCCACCUCCAGCCACUCAACCGAGGGCCCCCACAGGUCAGCGCAGAGGCGGGGACAUAGGAGCACACACACACACGGUAUGAGCCACGACACGGGGUCAAGGAGCAGGUUGCGGUUUGAGCCAGGACCUGGGGUGGGGGUGGGGCCGGGGUCUUUCUGCCUCAUUUGCUUUCAGUGAAAGCCGCAAAGCAGCCAAAACCAGCCUCUCCCCCCUCCUGGAGUUUGUAUAUCCAGAAGCUUUUGUACUUCUUGUUCUUUAAAAUGUUUAUUUUUGUAAAAAAAAAAAAAAUCGAUGAAUGAAUAAAUGACAUCAUGGCAAGGAUUCUUCCCAA